GGGCAGUGUCUCCUCUGCCCUCCUCCAUCCUGAGCAGCCUUCCUGGGAAGAUGCCACCAAUCCUGAUUCUCCUGACCCUUCUUCUGCCUCUCAGAGCUGGAGCAGAGGAGAUCAUCGGGGGCCAUGAGGUCAAGCCCCACUCCCGCCCUUACAUGGCACGUGUGAGGUUUGUGAAAGAUAAUGGAAAAAGACAUUCCUGUGGAGGCUUCCUGGUUCAAGACUACUUUGUGCUGACGGCUGCUCACUGCACUGGAAGCUCAAUGAGAGUCAUACUGGGGGCCCACAACAUCAGGGCUAAGGAAGAGACACAGCAGAUCAUCCCUGUGGCAAAAGCCAUUCCCCACCCAGCUUAUGAUGAUAAGGACAACACCAGUGACAUCAUGCUAUUAAAGCUGGAGAGUAAGGCCAAGAGAACUAAAGCUGUGAGGCCCCUCAAGUUGCCCAGACCCAAUGCCCGGGUGAAGCCAGGGCAUGUUUGCAGUGUGGCUGGCUGGGGGAGAACAUCCAUCAAUGCAACACAAAGAUCUUCCUGCCUACGAGAGGCUCAACUGAUCAUCCAGAAGGAUAAGGAAUGCAAAAAAUACUUCUAUAAGUAUUUCAAGACCAUGCAGAUUUGUGCUGGAGACCCAAAGAAAAUACAGUCUACUUACAGUGGUGACUCCGGGGGACCCCUCGUGUGUAACAACAAAGCUUAUGGAGUUUUAACCUAUGGGCUAAACAGGACAAUCGGUCCAGGAGUCUUCACUAAGGUUGUGCACUACCUGCCGUGGAUAAGCAGGAACAUGAAGCUGCUCUAACAGGAGUUAAACCACCCGUGCCUGACCAGCCUGUCCGACCUCAGGCAAGAACCAUGUGGAGUGAGCAGCAAAGAAUGAAAAUUCAUAAUAAAUAACCUCCAGAGUGCAUAGA